GAGCCUGAAUUUCGUUUCCACGGCGCAAGCUAAACACAAAAGCGAUGAACGCAAGUGCUUUGAAGUCGGGUUUAGUACUACUCAUUAUGCUGUCAACAGUUGUGGAUUACACAGACUGCUGUUCUAGCAGAUCGAUGCCCAAAUCGAGGCCCCGGCCUGUAUCGCACUUUCGCGGAGUAAUAAGUACAACAUCGACCACUACCAUCUCCACGGUUACCCAGAUCCAGCUGGACAGCUCCUCACCGCCCGAGACAACGUCGACGGUGACGGACGCACGUGCUCCGGUUGUUGAUGGUGGUGGUGAGCAGCCGGCGGCAAGCUUCGAUUUCCCCAACCGUAGUAUCAACCCUGCAGAUGAGCGCUUGAAAACGAUCAACAAGGAGCAGAAUCAACAGCAGCAGCACCAUGUAAACGGUGCAUCACCGUCCCGUAGCAUUGGUAUCGGCGACAAAGAGCAGCUGAUGCGCAUGGGUCGCUGUUCGCAACUUUUUGAGGAAAAUUAUUGCCUAAAUGGCGGUCAAUGUUACAACUUCACCAUUGCCAACUCGACGAUGCCGACGUGUGAGUGCGCUGAUGGGUUUAUGGGUGAACGGUGCGAAUCAAAGUACCUGGAUGGCACGUACCUGAGCAUGCGCAAGCCGAAGAUUCAGAUCGAAACGGCCGGCGUGUAUUACGGGGCAUUUCUCACCCUGAUGGUAGUGCUCGGUGUGUUCUACUACUUGCACUUUUUCGGCAAUCGCCACCGUCAUCAGCCGCUGGACAAUCGUGCGGCCUUGUUUUGGCGUCUGGUACGAAUGUGAGCAGGUAGUGCAGUGCACCCGUAAUACCUCCGGUAUGAUGCCAUCCACUACAUCAUUAAACAACCCACAGUCACAAAAAAACUAAAACUAAGAAAGGAUUUGAUAUAGAACUACAGAAAAUGCACAUUAACACAAGAAACUACAAACUUUGGCUCGGCCUAGCUUCCAAACGAAUUAGAUGUUGAACUAUAGUAAUAGCAAAAUCAAACUAGAAAAAACGACCCUCAAACAUGCAUACAACAACAUUGAAUCUUACAACAAUCUUCAAUCAGAAUUAGAAAUCGAGUUGAACAGGAUUUGUGAUUGUUCGCCUGGCUAGGUUGUAAACGUCUGAUCUAAAAAGAUCCUUCUCCUCUGCCACUCGAACGUGCUACAGAAACAGUGGUGCAGUCAAUUAGUUUUGCGUUUAUUCCGAUGUCAGAUGUCUAAACUUACGUGCAAAACCACGACUGAAAUUGAGAAUUAUUACAGGAAAGGUUGCCAGAUUUUCAAAUUGCCUAUUGAACCAGCUAAUUUGGCGGAAAAAACACCAAUAGCUACAAAUACAAAUACAAACAAAUACACGCGAAGACAACUGAAUGACGAAGACGAUAUACUGUAUUUCCAUCCACGCUGCAUUAGCAUUAGAAGAAACACCGCAGUAAAAGGUGCUGUUUAUCCGUACGCACGACUGCCGUACGAUUCUAGUGAUAAGUUUAGAUAAGACACUACGAGCGUAGUGAUUAGUAAGGAUAAAUAGGAUUUUCCGUAACUAAUAUAUAACUCUUAACUAGAAAAUAGCAGAAGGAUACUCGGUGGCUGUGUGUGUGUGUAUUGGUGUAGUUGUGAAGAUAGAGUUUUCGAUGAAAGGGCAAGAAAAACCUAUCACAGUAGAUUUCUUGUGUGUAAAACAUCAACAGGAAUAAAACACGGUAGAGAUGCAGAAGGCGUAAGGGGAUGGUCGAUGUGACUGUUGGUAUACUGCCAUCAAACACACUUCAAGCAUCAUCACAGCAGAGUAAAAGCCAACACGCACGUAAGCCAAAAGCUAGAGUUAUACCCUUCAUUUUCUCUUCCCUUCGUUGUACAGAACAAUUGAAAUUUUGCAUAACUAUCGGUAGGCAGAUAGCGAGAAGUGAACUGAAGUAAAACAAUGUAUGCAAAAAAACAGUAAUGUGUGGAACCAUCCUGUCAUGGGACGAUACUUCCCCUUUGAUUUUUCGAUUAUCCAACAGGUCUAAGGAGAGCUUAUGGUGCUUUAUGGUCUAGCUAAAUGUACGUUGCACUAGAGACCAAACCAUACAUGCAUGAUUAUACAAUACACUAAAUGAACGCUAAAAUAAACGCGAAAGGGACAAAAUGAGUAGCACCGCAAAAAUACAUAAUAUCCAAGCAAAAUUAAUUGAUGCGAAUGUUAAUGUGCAUGACUGGCAUUAUAAAAACUAAAACGGUAGAAAUCCUUCAAAUAAUAGUAUAUCAUAUUGGUAGAUUCCCACCGACGUGUGGUUUGCUGAACCUCCUUUGUGUAACUAUCGGCCUUUUUCUAAUUUGUUCUUGGUUUUCAGUAGAACAAACAUUGUUCAACAAUUUUUUAUUCUGACCUACUAUCAGUUAGUUUAUGCACCAACGUAGUCGAUACUUGUCGCGAAUCAUAGUCCCGAAUUUGAUUCAUCAUUUUCUUUUUUGUUUGGUUGUUCAAAGUCAGAUACAAGUAUAAUUGAGAGAAAUGUUUUUUUUUAUCUGAAAGGUAGCGCGUUGCUUUAUCAACUGCUAUCGAUCAAAAAGUCAUGAUUAAAACAACAAAAUGAGCUUAUCUGUGAGUUGAGCUUGAUCCUAUCUGUGAAAACCUAUAUAAAGGGGAGUAAUGAAAUUCGAUUACCUAGCGUGACAUUAUAAACGAACAUUCCACUGAUUCGAAAAACCGAACAUUCAACUUUGUUUCGGUACACCAUUGUUGGAAUUGAUCGAAAGAUUUUACCAUUUCACAUUUACCCACACGCAUUCACAUUCGAUCGUUCAUUCUACAGCAUAGUGUUUCUCGAAAAUAGUUGAUGUAAAUGGUAGAAUAGUCAUUACGCAUUGUAUUGUUAUGUUUCCCUUUAUUCUGUGGUACGUUUUAGUACUUCUAUGUGUUCUCUUCUUCAUGUUCUCGAUCGACCAAUAGGGGAUCUUUUAUAACUAUGGUUUAAAACUUUUAGCUACCAGCUGCGGUACGUGUCCGACUAAAACUUAGUGUCUUGUUUUGUCAAAAUUGCAUAAAAAACGGUCAAAGGUUCCUUCAUUAGAAAGCUGUCUGGUUGACAACAGAAGCCGGUUAUGUUUGAUAAUGCACCAUAGAAACAGUUUUCUCUCUACACAAUCUCUUUUCGAUGCUUAAUGUUUAUAGGGAAUAGCCUUUUCCUUCCCGAUGAGAUGAUACGAGAAAGAAUAAUGGAAAAGUAUUGAGUAGGACCACGAAGAAAACAGUAUUAUUGAGUAUAAUGUAAUGACAGUUAUGAAUGAUGCAAGUUACAUCCUUUUACCAAAAUGGUAACAAAGCAAAACAUGUGUCACGCUGCAUAUGAACGAGUUACGUUAUAAGUAGAAAACGAGACGCGUUAAUAUCUUCAGAGUAGAGAGCGAAGCUUUUCCGCAACAUACUUAAACAAAAUUUAACGCCUCGAUAAUUGCAGAAUAUUUGAACUAUCAUCACAUUAU